AUGAUCUUAAAGCCGGCCUCCACGACGGCCGCGACCGGCUUCUCCUUCUCCGCGCCUGCCGCCUCGGGGGGCUUCAGCUUCGGGGGCGCGGCCCAGACGCCUGCCAGCAGCCAGCCCGCCGGGCUCUUCUCCUUCAGCACGCCGGGCACUGCCGCGCAGCCUGCCAGCUUCAGCUUCGGGACGCCGGCCACGGCCACCGCGGCCCCGGCAGCAAACGUGUUCCCGCUGGGGGCAAAUGCACCAAAAUUAAACUUUGGAGGCAGCACUGCAACUCAGGCUACUGGAAUCUCGGGGGGCUUUGGAUUCAGUAGCUCUGUUCCAACCAGCGUGCCCUCAAGUCAAGCAGCAGCCCCUUCUGGCUUUGUGUUUGGAUCUACUGGCACCACCACCACCACCACCGCCGCGGCCGCUCAGUCUGGGACAACUGGAGGGUUUACUUUUUCCAGUGGUACCACAACUCAGGCAGGAACAGCCAGCUUCAACAUCGGCACCGCAGCUCCGCAAGCAGCGCCCACGGGGUUGACGUUUGGAGCAGCACCUGCAGCUGCUGCCACCACUGCUGCCACCUUAGGAGCUGCGACGCAGUCAACAGCCCCCUUCAGCCUUGGGGGUCAGCCCGCAGGUCUAAGCUUCGGGUCGUUGCCUUCAACAGCAGCCACGAGCGCACCCACGGCAACGCUGACCACUAGUACCAGCCAGGGACCCGCUCUGUCCUUUGGAACCAAACUUGGAGUGACAUCCACAGCUGCUACAACAGCCUCUACCACCACAACCUCCAUUCUUGGUUCAACGGGGCCUACGUUGUUUGCGUCUGUGGCCAGUUCGUCAGCACCGACGUCGUCUACCACCACGGGCCUCUCGCUCGGUGCCCCUUCCGCUGGGACAGCCAGUCUUGGGACGCUUGGGUUUGGAUUGAAGGUUCCUGGAACAACAGCUGCCGCAACGAGCGCUGCCACCAGCACUACUUCUGCUUCUGGCUUUGCUUUGAAUCUUAAGCCAUUAACUACGACUGGUGCCAUUGGAGCUGGGACUUCUACAGCUGCCAUAACCACAACGACCACCAGUGCACCUCCAGUGAUGACUUAUGCCCAGCUGGAGAGUUUGAUAAACAAGUGGAGUCUGGAACUGGAAGACCAAGAGAAACACUUUCUCCAUCAAGCUACGCAAGUAAAUGCUUGGGAUCGGAUGCUGAUAGAGAAUGGAGAGAAGAUUACUUCGUUACACAGAGAAGUAGAGAAAGUGAAGCUUGAUCAGAAGAGGCUGGAUCAGGAGCUGGACUUCAUUCUGUCACAGCAGAAAGAGCUUGAAGACUUGUUGACCCCUCUGGAGGAGUCUGUGAAGGAACAGAGCGGGACUAUCUACUUGCAGCAUGCAGAUGAAGAGCGGGAGAGGACCUAUAAACUGGCUGAAAACAUAGAUGCUCAGUUGAAGCAUAUGGCACAAGAUCUGAAGGACAUCAUUGAGCACUUGAAUACAUCAGGAGGCCCAGCAGACACAAGUGACCCGCUUCAGCAGAUCUGUAAAAUUUUGAAUGCACACAUGGAUUCCUUGCAGUGGAUUGAGCAGAACUCAGCCGUGUUGCAGAGAAAGGUAGAAGAGGUGACAAAGGUUUGCGAGAGCCGCCGCAAGGAGCAAGAGCGCAGUUUUCGGAUCACGUUUGAUUGACAGACUCGAAGUUUAACGGAUUAACCUAAACUCUCCACAGAGAGGAGAGGUUCUUGGGGACCUAGGUCUCAAAUGACGAACGGGGUUUGUUUCUUUUCUUGCAAUAAAACUUGUUGUUUGUUCCAAAGCCA